UGAUUGAACCACGCCCCCAUUUUCUCAGCUGCAACCAAAAAAUCAAUCGCCAGCCACCGAGAAGCAAUUUUUCCAAAGUUGAAUCGAAUUUGAGUUUUCGGGUCGCACCGAAAGUGACAAUUGAGUAUGUCGACAAACAUUUCAUCGGCGGGUGGGGUGCUGCCUCCUCUCCCGGACGAGAAAAUUGACAUGUUAGCGGCAACCAGCGUACUCCAGCAGCAGGCAGCUGAAAUUCGCCAGCAACGGGUAAAUUGGCAGUCCUAUCAGCAGUCUCAAAUGAUUUCCAACGAGGACUACACCUUCAUCGUUGCCCUUGACAAUGCCACCGACGGAAAAGCCAGGGAGCAGCUGCUGAAGAGCCAAAGGGCUCAGUGUGCCAAGACCUUCCUCAGCCUCCUUGGUCAUGUGUCCAAAGACCAGACCAUCCAGUACAUCCUUGUCAUGCUUGAUGAUUUGCUGCAGGAGGAUCGCACCCGGGUUGAGAUUUUCCGAGAACACUCUGCUCGCAAACGAGAGUCACUCUGGAGUCCAUUUCUCAACAUGCUGAACAGACCUGACGGUUUCAUUGUCAACAUGACCUCCAGGAUUGUGGCCAAACUGGCUUGCUGGAGUGUCGACCCCAUGGAGCGCUCCGACCUGCAGUUCUAUCUCACAUGGCUGAAGGAUGAACUUCAGAAGCAGAGUGACAAUGUUACGGAAUUGAUCUUGUCCGAUGAGAAUAUCGACCUAGCGCCCAGCAGCGAUGAGUACAUGUCUCACGAUGCCGUCGGCCAUGAGAUUACUUUGAACAACGAUUACAUCCAGAGUGUGGCCAGGUGUCUGCAAAUGCUGCUGCGUCACGACGAGUACCGCAAGGCCUUCAUUGCUGUGGAUGGCCUCUCCACCCUUUUGUCUGUGCUGUCCGCUCGCCAGAACUUCCAAAUUCAGUACCAGCUCAUCUUCUGUCUUUGGGUCCUCACUUUCAACCCUGAAUUGGCUGGACGAAUGAACAGAUACAACGUCAUUCCAAUCUUGGCUGAUAUCCUGAGUGACUCAGUGAAAGAAAAAGUUACCCGCAUCAUCCUGGCAGUUUACAGAAACUUGAUCGAAAAGCCCGAGGAGAAUUUAAUUGCAAAGGAGAACUGUGUAGCUAUGGUUCACUGCAAGGUACUGAAACAGCUGAGCAUUCUGGAGCAGCGCAAGUUUGAUGACGAGGACAUUGCUUCGGACAUCGAGUUUCUGAAUGAGAAACUGCACAAUUCUGUCCAAGAUUUGAGCUCUUUUGACGAGUAUGCAACCGAGCUGAAGUCUGGCAGACUCGAGUGGAGUCCCGUGCACAAGUCUGCCAAAUUCUGGCGUGAAAAUGCUGGCCGUCUCAACGAGAAGAACCACGAGUUGCUUCACAUCCUGAUCAAAAUCUUGGAAACCAGUCGUGACCCAUUGAAGCUGAGUGUUGCCAGUUUCGACAUUGGCGAAUAUGUCAGACAUUACCCGAGAGGCAAAAAUGUCAUUGAGCAGCUUGGAGCUAAACAGCUUGUGAUGCAGCUUCUGGGCCACGAGGACUACAACGUUCGCUACGAAGCCCUCCUGGCCGUUCAAAAACUGAUGGUCCACAACUGGGAGUACCUGGGUAAACAAUUGGAGAAAGAACAAGGGCAGUCUGGAGGAGUAAAGUCGUAAGGGGACUGAUGACGCACUGUAAACAUCCAUCAGUAUUGGUGUAGAAAAGUUAUUUACCAUAUCUUUAAGCGUUAAUUGGUUCACACUGUUUAAAAUUACCACUUCUGGUGCCAUUCAGCCCUGAUUAUGUAAAUACGUGUGUAAACGAAGUAUAUCGGAACAAACAAACUGUACAAUAAUUAUGUAUGCAUCAUGUAAAUGUUGUUGAUAACCAAGGCAUUCCAAUUUUGAGCAAUGUGAUCACGUAAAAUUUGUUUCAGCCGGAUUUGCGGUUUAGAAAGUUUAUUAUGAGUUAUUUCUAAAUGAGAUAUAAUAUUAGUCAUGUGUUGUGGUGCAUAAAAUGGAAAUGUGUAAAAGUUAGCUAAUUCUGUCUAAUAAGUUGAACAUGCAUUAAAGCAAUAAUAUAAAAAUGCAA